UGAUAAGCACAAAAGAUGAAUACAGUGGAUGCAACCAGAGCAGAACUUGGUCUUCUGGUUUUAUACUUGAACAAGGCUGAAGCCAGGGACAAAAUCUGCAGGGCAAUACAGCAUGGUUCAAAAUUUCCUAGUGAUGGGCAACCUGGUACUGCCCAGAAUGUCGACAGAUCAACCACUUUGGCUCGCAAAGUUUUUCGUCUAUUCAAGUUUCUCAACGAUCUGCAUGCUUUGAUAAGUCCAGCUCCAUGCGGAACUCUUCUUCCCUUAAUUUUGUUGGGAAGGCCCAAAAAUGCAUUGCUGUCAACUUUCUUGUUUCUCGAUCAAUUUGUGUGGCUUGGCAGAUCAGGCAUCUACGAGAACAAAGAACGUACUGAGCUAAUCGGCCGAAUAUCGCUUUUUGGUUGGAUGGGUUCCUCAGUGUGUAGCACCUUGGUUGAGCUUGGGGAGCUUGGGAGACUCUCUGCAUCAAUGAAGAAGUUAGAGAAGGAACUCAAGAACAGUAAUAAAUAUGAUAAUGAGCAAUACUGUGCGAAACUGAAAAUGUCGAAUGAGAGGACUCUUGCGCUUAUCAAUGCUCCACGAAAGUUACUCCCCGUGUGA